CUAAUAUGACACCUAAUUUCCCCCUCCAAUUUCUUGUCUUUUUCCCUCUCUGCUCUCUCUAAUCUCUCUCUCUCUCUCUCCAGCUUGGAUGUGCAUGGAGUCCAUCUCUCUCAUUCUUUUCUAGGGUUUUUACGGCUGUCCUGAUGCUACAGUUCUUGGAAAUGAGGGGAAUUUCCACUUCGGAAUCUUGAAAUUUCGGUAGGGUUUUGGUGAACAACUCCGGCGAAUUUGAAUUCGAAAAAUGCCGUCGAACCGAUCGAAAUCGGAGAAGCCUGAAGUUGCGAAGCAGCUCCGGCGAGACCCCUAUGAGGUCCUCGGCGUCUCGAGGAACUCCACCGACCAGGAAAUCAAAAGCGCUUACCGGAAAAUGGCCCUCAAGUACCAUCCUGACAAGAAUGCAAAUGACCCUAAAGCAGCUGAUAUUUUUAAGGAGGUCACAUUUUCUUAUAAUAUCUUGUCUGAUCCAGACAAACGGCGGCAGUAUGACACAUCUGGCUUUGAGGCUGUUGAAUCAGAAAGCCAAGAAUUGGAGCUGGAUCUUUCAAGUCUGGGUGCUGUAAAUACCAUGUUUGCUGCCCUUUUUAGUAAACUCGGGGUGCCAAUUAAGACAACUGUGUCAGCUACUGUCCUGGAGGAGGCACUAAAUGGCAUGGUCACUGUUCGUCCACUUUUAUUGGGGCAGCCGAUAACAAAAAAGGUUGAGAAGCAAUGUUGUCACUUCUAUUCAGUCGAAAUAUCAGAAAGCGAAGCACGAGCUGGAUUGGUUUGCCAAGUGUAUUCAUCUGACAAAAGCAAGUUCAAGUUGUUAUAUUUUGAUCGGGAAGACAAUGGUGGAUUGGGCCUUUGCCUACAGGAGGACAGUGCAAAAACAGGAAAGGUUACAUCUGCUGGGAUGUAUUUUCUUGGUUUCCCCGUAUAUCGGUUGGAUCACACAUUGAACUCGAUGGCUGCUGCAAAGGAUCCAGAUUCAGCCUUCUUCAAAAAGCUGGAUGGGUUUCAGCCAUGUGAAUUAACCGAGCUGAAAGCUGGCACCCAUGUGUUUGCUGUUUAUGGUGACAACUUUUUUAAAAGUGCAACCUACACAAUAGAAGUUCUUUCUUGUGAACCCUUUUCAGAAGAGAAGGAAAGUUUGAGGGCUGUCGAAGCUCAAAUACUUACAAAACGAGUGGAGUUGUCAAAAUUUGAGACAGAGUACAGAGAGGUUCUGGCACAAUUCACAGAGAUGACCAGUAGAUAUACACAAGAAAUGCAAGAGAUUGAUGAGCUUCUCAAGCAGAGGAAUGAAAUACAUGCCUCAUAUACAAAGGCUCCUCCAAUAAAGCGGAGUUCAAGUAGGAGUAGAAAUAGGGGUCAUUCUAAGGAGGACAAAGAAGAUGCUCCAGUGAGAGAGAAGAAAUCUUCAUUCAGAGAUCGAACUAAGAAGAAGAAAUGGUUCAACAUUCACUUAAAGGUUGACAAAAGAAAACCUUGCUGACACACUCCAUGUGCUACAGAGAAGUCCAGUCAGGCGUAAAAUACCCAAUUUUUGGUUGUGGUGGUUUGGCAUCCAUUGAAGCAAAGUACAAGGCUGAGGUUUUGGUACACCAGUGUUAAACAAUGACUACAACGGAGCUAGAUGAUUUGGCUUCGUUACUUUGGCAUGGCAAAGUUUACAACAGCUCAUUGUUAUUGUAAAAUUCUUUAUUUAUUGUAAUGCCCCUUGUUAUUCUUUUUUGAUCAAGUAUGCUGCAUUUUUAUCCACUUGUUCCUUUACCUCCCCGCAUUUGUAUUGAUCUGUAUAUGUAAAUUAGAAGAAUUUAUCUGAAGAACCAUGAAGUUUUUUCGAUC